AUGGGACCUGAGGCGCUCCUGGACACGCUGGAGGACCUGACAGACGAGGAGUUCCUCAAGUUCAAGUGGUUCCUGCAGCAGGCCCCCCGCCUCGACGGCCUCCCGGCCAUCAGGAAGGCCCCCCUGCAGAGCGCGGCCCGCUGUGGCAGUGACCAUGAAGGUUCUGGAGAAGCUCGGCAGGAACGCCGAUUUGAACGUUUGUCUGCUAGCAGCUCAGAAGGAGUCAGAGAUGCUGGUGAUCCGUCGGAGGAUGAAGGAUCUUCUGCUGCUGGAAUCUCUGGUUUGAUGGUUCCAGCUCCAGAGCCCCGCCCCAUCACGCUUUACCAGAGGAUGCUUCAGUCCAACUUCCAGGACACGUUCCUGUGUGUGCAGGAAGGCUGGGCGGAAGAGAAGCAGCGCCUGCUGGACAUUUACACAGAGCUGUACGUGACCGCAGGACGUCACGUUUGCAUCAACGCCCAGCACGAGGUCCGCCACAUCGAGGACUCUCUGAAGACAGACAGACAAACAGAGAGACAAGUGAGACCGGGACAGAUGUUCCUGCACCCCUCCGGAGAGUACAGACCCAUAAGGACUGUCCUGACCAAUGGCAUCGCAGGGAUUGGGAAAUCCUUCCUGGUGCAGAAGUUCGUGUUGGAUUGGGCCGAACAGAGAUCCAACCAAGACGUGCAUCUUCUGUUCCCGAUCUCCUUCCGACAGCUGAACCCUCUGAGGGGACAGACGUUCAGCCUGGCAGAGCUGGUUCACGAGUGCAUCCCGGAGAGCGCAGACAUUAGCGCAGACGCCCUGAACUGCAUCUUUGCUGCCCUGCAGUCAACAGGAAACAGUAACUACGACAAGAGCAGGUUCAAGCUCCUCUUCGUGUUUGAUGGACUGGAUGAGAGCCGCCUCCACCUGGACCUCCACGGCCACGACAUUCGCUCUGUGGACGUAACAAAGUCCACCACAACAGACGUCCUGCUGAGAGCGCUCAUCGCUGGAAAACUUCUGCGCUCUGCUCGCAUCUGGAUCACGACUCGACCUGCGGCGGCCGGUCUGAUCCCCGCACAGCUCGUCUGCUGCGCCACAGAGAUCAGAGGCUUCACGGACCCUCAGAAGGACGAGUUCUUCAGGAAGAGGUUCAGAGAUGAGGAGCAGGCCAGCAGGGUCAUGGCCCACAUCAAGGCAUCUCAGAGCCUCCACAUCAUGUGCCACAUCCCAGUCUUCUGCUGGAUCACUGCCACAGUUCUGGAGGAUAUGUUGAAGAACAUAGAGGACAGAACCCUGCCAAAGACUCUGACUGAGAUGUACACGGAGUUCCUGAUGUUUCAGGUCGAUCGCACUGCAGAGAAGUAUGGUCCAGAGAGGAGUCUGCAAUGCAUCAAGUCUCUGGCAAAACUGGCCUUUCAGCAGCUGGAGAAAGGCAACCUGAUCUUCUAUGAGACACAUCUGAGAGAAAGCGGCAUCGACUUCAGUGAGGCCUCAGUGUGUUCGGGAGUCUUCACAGAGAUCUUCAAAGAAGAGUGCGGAAGAAAAGAGAGGAACAAGACGUUCAGCUUCGUCCAUCUGAGCGUCCAGGAGUUUCUGGCUGCCGUGUACGUGAGGAUGUCCAUCACCAACAGAAACAAAUUCCUGACGUCUCUCCCUCAGCUGUCUCUGAAGUACAUUCAGGUGCUCCUGAGCCAAAAGCCCUCCGUGAAAAUCCACAAGAUUUUCAUCAACAAGGCCUUAGAGAGCCCAAACGGACAUCUGGACUUGUUCCUGCGCUUCCUCCUGGGACUUUCCAUGCAGACCAACCAAGACAGGCUGAAGAAGCUGCUCAUGAAGACCGACUGCAAUGUAGGGACCAAUCAGGAGACAGUCGUCUACAUCAAGAAGAAGAUCAGUGAGAACUUCUCUGCAGAGAGAAGCAUCAAUCUGUUCCACUGCCUGAAUGAACUGAAUGACUCGUCUCUGGUGGAGGAGAUCCAGCAGUACCUGAGCUCAGGAGGGCUGUCCACAGAUCAGCUGUCCCCCUCUCAGUGGUCUGCUCUGGGCUUCAUCUUACUGUCUUCAGAAGAAGAUCUAAAAGAGUUUGACCUAAAGAAGUUCUCAGCGUCAGAGGAGGCUCUUAUGAGGCUCCUGCCAGUUCUUAAAGCCUCCACCAAAGCUGUGCUCAGCAGCUGUAAUCUGUCUGACAGAACCUGGGAAGCUCUGACUUCACUUCUCAGUUCCAGAACUUCUCUGAAGAAUCUGGAUCUGAGCAACAACAACAUCGGGGAGUCGGGUCUGACUCUGCUCUCCGCCGGACUGGAGAGUCCCCUCUGCAGACUGGAAACAGUCCGGCUGAAUCAAACUGGCCUCACAGACAAAUGCUGUCUGAUCAUCUCCUCACUGCUGAUGUCCAAGUCCUCCAGCCUCAGGCACCUGGACCUGGGAAACAACGACCUGCAGGAUUCAGGAGUGAAACUGUUGUCUGGUGGACUGGCAAGUCCACUCUGCAGACUGGAGUCUUUGGGGCUGUCAGGCUGCUUGGUCACCGACGCCGGCUGUGUUCUUCUGGCUACGGCUCUGAAGUCCAACCCGUCCCACCUGACAGAGCUGGACCUGAGCUACAACCAUCCUGGAGCGGCUGGAACGAAGUUGCUGUCGGCUGAGCUGCAGGAUCCUCUCUCAAGACUGGAGAUUCUCAGGUUGGACCACGGUGGAGAGCUGCGGCUGAAGCCUGGACUCAGGAAGUAUUUCUGUGCACUGACUCUGGACUCCAACACGGCUCACAAACAGCUCAACCUAACCGACGACCUGAAGACAGUGACGGCGGUCCGAGAACGCCGUCCGUACGCCGAGCAUCCAGAGAGGUUCCACUUCCCCCAGCUGCUGUGCGCCCCGGCCCUGAGCGGACGCUGCUACUGGGAGGUGGAGUGGAAGCAGGUGGUGCACGUGGCUGUGACCUACAGAGGAACCAGCCGCCGAGGAACCAGACAAGAAUGCUUGUUUGGGAGGAACCAGCACUCCUGGAGUCUGUGCUGCUUCGGCGGCGGGUACUCCGUCCUGCACCAGAACAAAGAGCAGGUUCUGCCCCCUCUGCCCCCCUCAGGCUCCAGCAGAGUGGCGGUUUAUGUGGACCAUCCUGCUGGAACUCUGUCCUUCUUCAGAGUCUCUGAGGACGACCUCAUCCACCUGCACACCUUCAGCACCACCUUCAGCGAGCCGCUGUACGCCGGGCUGGCCUUCUGGUUCGGGGGGUCGGGGUCUUCAGCUUCACUGUGUUCUGUGUAGAUCUGCUGAGGACCCCCAGGUCCGAGAGGAUGUCCCGGAGCGGACGAACUGUACACACAAACACAGGUUGAAGGGAGCUGCAGCGCCACCAUGAGCCCAUCCAGGACCUCAGCUUUGCUCUUCAUCCCAGAGCUGCUGCUCCUCUUCUUCUUCUUCAUCUCGAUGGGACUUCCUGGUUCUUCUGCCGGAG